UUGCCGAGCACACACUAGCAUAGAAACAGCCCCGACUGCCACUCGUCGUGUAUGUAUGUCACCGUUAAGAAGCAAUGUAGGGAUAGUACGUUGUAGAAUUCUUCGAGUGGAGAAGUUAUCCAGGACCCUAGUAUGAUCGUUAAGACUUGCUUCCUAUGAUGUGAUUGCCGAAGAUGGCGAACCUUACAUUCGACUGUGAUGAAGUUCUAGCCAAGCAUCCGGGCGCAUUGCCUCCGCUCCAAGAUGGCCUAAAGCAGUUUGUUUGGAUUUUACUGGCGCUUCUACCACUCUUGACUUUAAUUGGCAACGGAGUUGUGAUCCUUUCCGUAGCCAGGUUCCGAUACCUCAGGACCAAAGCCAACGCCUUUGUUGUGUCUCUAGCUGUAGCGGAUAUAUGUGUAGCUUUGCUAAUUGUGCCCUUUCGUGCUGUAGAGCUUGGUAACGAUCACAUAUGGCCGUUAGGCGAAACCUUCUGUGACAUUGUCAACGUCUUCGACUGCGUCUUUUCCACUGCAUCGAUCCUGAACCUGUCCUGUCUAGCCUGUGACAGAUACCUGGCAAUCAGUCGUCCUUUCCUGCAUGUUAAAAUACGACAUAAGACGACCGUGGUGAUGAUACUGUCCUGUUGGAUCAUUCCCAUCCUGGCGUUCGUCGUACCAAUAAUGUGGCACUGGAAUCUCAGCGGAGUGGAGCAUCUCAGCUACUGUUUCACCAAGGUGGAAAAAGGAUGCCCUCUUCUCAUGAACAAACCGUACUCAGUGUUCUCAACCCUGGUGUCGUUCUAUGUCCCUACCAUCUUCAUGGCUGUGUGCUAUUCUAGGAUUUUCGCCGCGGCGAGACGCCAUGCGAGAAACUUACAAACUCUUGCCCACAGAGAUGCGGAGUUCAAGGACGAGGGUCGCCUGCAGCAGGAAACCAAAGCUGCAAAGACCCUUGGCAUCGUCAUGGGAUGCUUCUGUGUCUGCUGGUUCCCGUUCAUCCUCAUCAACACGGCUGAUCCAUUCUUGGAUUUCACGCUGCCAAACUUGGCGAAACUUGUCGCCAUGUGGCUCGGGUAUUUGAACAGUACGAUGAACCCUAUACUUUUUUAUGUGUUUAGCCGCCAGUUCAAGAUGGCGUAUAAACAACUGUUUAUGUGUUGUAAAAUACGGAGGGAUAUGUUUACAGGUUUGAGCAGGAGCAGUCAGCAGACAGUCAUUUGAGCUGUCAUUUACUUGUUGAAAUGUGAUUGAUGUUUGUACAUAGUCCCAAAAGGCGUGUCGUUUUGAAUGGGCUUAGCCACUCGGGACCACUCGGUUGAUUCCGUGACCUACGAGUUAAUUCUGCAUGCCUGAAUGGAAGAAUUACAAUUAAUUCAUUCGGCAAAUACAAUAUUUAUGUUUGAAGACACGGUCACAAUGCUAAUGAUGAAAUUGAGGAAAUACAGUUUAAAAGAAGAUUGGUUGGUUGAUGGCAUAGCACAUCCCUUUACCAGUGUUUGUAUAAAGGUUUCAUGAACACUGAAUGACCUUGAGCUACAUCAAGGCGGUAUGUUAAGUAUAUGAUUUUCAAGUGGAUUACGCCCCUCAAAACCCAAUGAUUAUUUUAAUAGGCGACGAAAAGGGAAUCGGAUGACUAUGACGUGACGUGAUCAUUGCUCAUACUAUCACCACUGGUUUGUCUAUCUCAAACUCGAACGUCAUGAUAUGACUGUGAUAUUGCUGAAACAAAAUUCAUACUAUAUGCUCUCUCAUUCAGUGACAUCAGGCCUGGUCGAGGCAAUCAAGGUGCCAUCAUGCUCGAACCACUCAUCCCCUUUGCAAUAGCAUGUUCUACUGCAUGCAAGCCGCCCGGGGCUUGUUCUGGAGGGUUGAUGACAUUGAAUCAAAACCAGCUAACUGACCGGUACCUUCAGCCAUCUCAGUAGGGUAGUGUUACUAUGAUUUGGUUGGUUUGUUGUUUAACGCCGCACUCCAAUAAUCCAGCUGUAUGACGGCGGUCAUGAAUAGAAUAAAUAAUAGUGUCUGGACCAGACAAUCCAGUGAUUGAUUUC